CAAACAAAAGCGGCCCUUAAGUGUCACUCCAGGAAACAACAAAACUUGAGCGGGAGUCGACGACAGUGCCACAUGAGGCCAGGAUGUUCAUUAUCACUUGGAACACAGGGGCGUGCGCAUCGUUAGGAAUUACCUCCUGCUACUUAGAGGCACAGGAAAUCAAUCAUGGAGGUCGACACCGCCCACUACGUCGUCUACCGCAUCGUCCUCCCGUUCUUCAUCGCCCUGGGCAUCCUGAUUAACGGCUCUGCGAUCGUGGUCUUGGCUCGACCUAGGUUGAGGUCAGCUCGGGUCAACAGGUACUUCCUCCUGCUGGCAAUCUCGGACCUGAUGGUGUGCUUUUUCUACAUCCCGGUGGCCACGACCAUAACAGGAUGCGUCUUCAACUCGUACACGGAGGCCUUCUACUACGCCCACUUCGGCUGGACUUUCGUGGGCGUCAGCCAGGCCCUGGGCACGUACAUUAUCGUGUGGUUGGCUCUGGACCGCUUCAUGGCCGUGUGGAUGUACCAGCUGUACCCACGCCUGCAGAAGAAGCCCAACGUCCUCAGGAACAGAAUGAUCGUGACGGCCAUCACGAGCUUCUUCUCGCACCUCGCCUACAUGAUCAAGGCGGCCGUGGUGUGCACCGGCGAGGACCCCGACGACGCCGAGUGCGCCGACGGGGAGUGGGACGGCAUCACCGGCUACGAGUACGACUUCACCAAGACGUGGCACAAGGUCUACCGGGUGUUCUUCGGCCUGUAUGUCCGCUGGAUCCCGAGCGUCCUCAUGGUCGUGUUCAACGUCGGGAUGAUCGUGGCGGUGGUGAAGGGCCGCGUGCGGCACCCGAAGACGCAGGGGAAGGCCGCAGGAAGGUCGGAGAAGAAGCUCAUCUUCAUCAUGAUCGCCAUCACGGCGUCCUACAUCCUCUUCACGCUUCCCAUCACUCUCUACAUCAUGGUGUUUGCCAAGAAGACGGAGAACCGCUGCGGGGGCGAGCACCCGCAGGAGGUCCUCCGCGGCGUCGGCAAUGUCUUCCAGCUGAUCGAGCACAUCAUCCACGUCCUGUUCCUGGUCGUGCUCAACCACGGCUUUAAGCAGGAAAUCAAGAUCAUGAUGGGUCUCGUAGAGGCGCCUGCACGAAGCAACUGCGCAUACGAAAGCCGAAGCAACACCAGUAUGACAGGACGAACCGUCGUGGUGUCGCCCGGCGCGCAGCACAUCGUCAGCGUGCCGACCGGCAAGCCGGACGAGAGUGCGACCAAAGCCAUGCUCGAGGUCGACAUCGACACCUGAAGAUCUCUUCCACAGCUAGGGGAAGAAUUCUUUCUCAAAGGAGACAGAGACACGGAGUUCCAGACCCAUGCUUAACGAUAUCUUCUGCCACAGACUUGUUGACAGUCAGUGUUUGAAAGAGAUGGGGCAGUUGUUUGUAUCAACCAGUCCUUAUUUUCCGUGAUAUGGUCGGUUAUAGUCCGACUUGCUUAUGUUGUUUUCCCUUCCAUUCAUGCACUGAUUUCCCAUAGUACAAUCAGCACAGGUGACAAGAUUUUUUUACCGUGCAAUAUACAUGUACAGACGUGUGCGCAUACGUUUCUUUUUGUGUGCGCACUAAUACACGCGUUGUAAACAGAUGCAGAUGCACUUCUGUACUUGAUUUACAAAUGUAAAUAUUGUUAUAUGAUUUUGCAUUAAUCAGAGGAAGGUGGUGACAGAUACUAGAACGAAACAGAGAGAGCAGAAAAGCAGAAAAAAA